AUGUUCGAUCCCAAUGCCACAAAGGUGCUUGCCUAUGAACUGGAAAACAGAUCUCUUGGCUUGGUCAUCGUAGAAACUUGUAUUCUUAUUGUCUUCGCUGUAGCAGCUCUUGUAGGGAACUCUUGUGUCUUGUUCGUGUUUUACAAAUCACCAGAUCUUCGCACCGUUGCGAACUAUUACUUGAUAACACUCGCUGUAUCUGAUUUUGCCUUUCCCGUGAUUACAAUGCCUCCACUUAUAGCAACAGCAGCUACAGGUCGUGAUAUGUACGGCGACCAAGGGAAAGUUAUUGGAUUCAUAGGCCUCUCAUUUGCACUUGGUUCGAUUUUAACGACCUCACUGAUCGCCAAGAAUAGAUUUUUCUGCAUCGUUAAGCCUCAGUUGUACAAGAAGUUUUUCAAGAAAAAGCCAGCGAUUUGCAUGAUUGCAGGUGCCUGGGCGAUUGCAAUAUUAGGUAACGUUUUGCUCUCUCUCAAUGGAAAAAUAAUGUUCGUGUUUGAUCCAGGACGAAUGAUCUAUUUUCCCUCCAGUCAAGACAUAUACAUAGCUCGCUUUUUUACAGCUUUGAACCAAUUCCUUUUCGUUGUUUUACCGCUGUCAUUGACAGUUAUAUGUUACUGGAAGGUUUAUAGAAGUGUUAAAGUGCAUAACGCUACGAUGGCCACGAAUAUUAACACAGGACCGACCAACAGAAACUCUUUUAGCAAGAACGAAAUUCAAGUUACAAAGUCUCUGCUUGCGUUGGUUUGUGGGUCCUUAUUUUGCUGGAUUCCAUCGGCAAGUAUUGAUCAAAUAAGCUUGUAUGUUAGUUUGCCUCGCUCAGUACAGAUGAUAACGAUCUACGCUGCCUCGUCAAGCAGUGCAAUCAAUCCUGUUAUAUUCUACAUAUUUAAUAGACCGUUCAGAAGAAGGUUUUACCAAUUAUUUGGUCAUUUUCUACCUAUCAGUACCGUACCCUCUACCAGUAAUGAGAGUCAAACGCAAGGAUCUAACCACACAGCGCUUACUAAAGUGAGAAGAAUACAAGUGAAAAAUGCUGUUCCAAGUACAACAAAGAGUGGUUUGUUUUCACCUUCAUUGAACUGUAAUAUUGGACACUAG